UGGAUUAAUUUAGAAAUUUUAUUAAAAAUAAAUAAAUUAAAAAUUAAUAGUAUUAAGCGAGCGAGUAUUUGAAAGAAUUUCACACAACGGCGUGUCGUUGUGCGUGAUUCCAAGCGCGCACCGGGAGCAGGAGGACCGUCUUCCUUCCUCAGCGCUCUGGUUCGCGUUGCGAAUAUGUCCAGAGACUGUCUACGCAAUUCUUUGACUUGACCGGCAACAGUUCUCUCUCUCUCUCUCUCUCUCUCUAGAUUCAGAGGCUUUCUCUCUCUAGAUUUCUCUCCACCGAGCUCUUCUCGCUUCCCUGCGAAAUUCUGCCGGCCGGGUCUUUUUUUCAGCGGCGGAGCUCCCUUCGCAUGCGCCGUACAAGGCCGCAAGGGGGGGUUUUGACGGAGGCGAAGCGCAUUGCCGGUAUUAACGAGGGGAGCUUCGGGAUCAGUGAGGCCCCUUCUGCGGAGCUUGGAAACCGCUGCGUGGGCCAAACACAGCUUACGGUGAAAUGGAUGGUGAAGACAGUAAUGAUUUUGACUGGAAUACUGAUGAUGAGCUGGAAAUUGAGAACUUUACGUUGUCUACUUCUUCAAGUUUGACAGUUGGUGGAGAAGCUAUUGUGAGAUCUGGGGAGUCGAGCUCAUCGGCCGGUCCCUCCAAUACCAAAGUUCUUGAUCACUUUGUGGCAAUGGGAUUUUCUGAAAAGAUGGUUGUCAAAGCAAUUCAGGAACAUGGAGAAGAAAAUACAGAUUCAAUUCUGGAAACCCUCCUCACAUAUUCGGCUCUUGAGAGUUCUCCUGAAGAAAAACAGGAAGUAGAAACGCUCCAGGAAGUAGAACCACAGGAAGUAGAACCGCAGGAAGUAAAACCGCAGGAAGCUGAUUCCGAUGACUUCUCUCUCGAUGAUUACAAUGAGAGCUUUCUGGAUGAUUUUUCAGACUUGGAUAGCUGUUCUGAUACCGAGGAUAUCAUAAAUCCUACAUCGGAGAAAGGGAAGAUAAGGGCCUUGGUCAAUAUGGGGUACACAAUGGAGGAGGCCUCAAUAGCAAUCGAAAGAUGUGGUACAGACUCCACUGUUGCUGAGUUGACUGAUUUUAUAUGUGCUGCUCAAAUGGCACGGGCAGAAGAUGCCCUUCUUCCAAUUGAAGAGAAGCCUGGAUCACAUUCAUACAAGAAGAGGAAACUUCUCGAGUAUGAGAUCCUAAAGAAGAAGAAGAGGCAGAUGCGGCUUUGUGGAAACCAAGGGGAUGAUGAUGAGACGAUUCAUCUCCCAAAUCCAAUGGUUGGGUUUGGCACCCCAACUGAUCCAUAUGUGCUGACACAUAGGACUCUCCCAGAGGCAGCUGUAGGGCCUCCAUACUUCUACUAUGAGAAUGUUGCACUAGCUCCUAAAGGGGUUUGGACCACCAUCUCCCGCUUCCUGUAUGAUGUGCAGCCGGAGUUUGUGGACUCAAAGUACUUUUCUGCUGCUGCAAGGAAGAGAGGUUAUGUCCACAACCUCCCCAUCCAGAAUAGGUUUCCUCUCAUGCCACAGCCCCCAGACACCAUAGCCAAGGCAUUUCCCUUGACAAGGAAAUGGUGGCCUUCUUGGGACAAUCGGGAAAAGCUAAACUGCUUGCAAACAUGUAUUGCGAGUGCUAAGUUGACUGAGAGGAUCAGGAAGGCUAUUGAGCAAUUUGAUGGGGAACCACCAGAGAGAGUCCAGAAGUAUGUCCUUGACGAAUGCCGCAAGUGGAAUCUGGUGUGGGUAGGGAGAAAUAAGGUCGCCCCACUUGAGCCUGAUGAAGUGGAGAUGCUUUUGGGGUUCCCAAAAAACCACACAAGGGGAAUAAGCCGGACUGACAGGUACAAGUCACUUGGGAAUUCCUUCCAGGUUGACACUGUGGCAUAUCAUCUGUCUGUGCUCAAGGAUAUGUAUCCCAAUGGCAUCAACGUCCUCUCCCUCUUUACCGGCAUUGGAGGGGCAGAAGUAGCCCUUCACCGGCUUGGUGUCCCUCUGAAAAAUGUUAUCUCUGUAGAGAUCUCAGAAGUGAACAGAAACGUUGUGAGCAGCUGGUGGGAGCAAACCAACCAGAGAGGGAGGUUGCAGCACGUUGAUGACGUGCAGCAACUGAAUGGCGAUCACCUUGAGCAGUACAUGAGCGAGUUUGGCGGAUUUGAUCUGGUAAUUGGUGGGAGCCCGUGCAACAAUCUAGCAGGCAGCAAUCGACAUCAUCGUGAUGGACUGGAGGGUAAGGAGUCGGCCCUUUUUUACGACUUUUUCCGAAUAUUGGACUUGGUGAAGAACAUGAUGGGAGGAAGAAACAAUUGAUUCAAUUCUCUGUAAAGCUACUUGAUUUCAUGUUUAACCCUGUGCAAAAGUUUUGACCUUUUUCAUGGGGAACAAACACUUGUAAUUGGAGUUUCGAAUUUAUGUAUAAAAGAGGUUUUAGUAACCACCACAAUGUGACUCAGUGGUUGAGGACGAAUUCCAGGCUUGUAUUUCACACGGCAUGUUUUGGGUUCGUUUCCUUGCACUGGUGAAUCACAUGAUGGUGGUCAGGGAGAGGCUGAAAUGCUCUACCCUGAAAUGCCUCUAUGAGUGUCGGUCUCCGAAAGAAUGGAAUGUCGUGGCAAAGACAUCAGUUGGUCCCCUUUACGAAGAAAAUAAAAAUAGGUGAGGCUUCAGUUAGAGUUCAUUCACCUCAUUCUAUUUUAAUGGGCUAGACUGGUCCAAGUCCGACAGAAGUUUAAAGCCCGAACCAUUAGGUGGCUGGCCGGAGCCCAUCAUGGUCCAGCCGGUUUCAUUUAUCUGUACAGUGAAUUCUAGCAAAUGUAACUCGGUUUUUAUCCAGCAAGUUAUCUAAUGUCCUUAAUUCAUUUCUUCA